AUGGCCGCUCAGACUCAAGGUAUCCAACAGCUGCUCGCCGCCGAGAAGCGCGCCGCCGAAAAAAUCAACGAGGCCCGUAAGCGCAAGACGCAGCGUCUGAAGCAGGCCAAACAGGAGGCCCAACAGGAGGUCGAGAAGUAUCGCCAGGAACGCGAGACCGAAUUCAAGGGAUUUGAGCAGAAGUACCUCGGCACCAAGGAAGACAUUGAGGCCCAAAUUCGCAAGGAUACUGAGGCCGAAAUCGACAACAUGAAGCGCACCGUGCAGCAGAACAAGCAACAGGUCAUCGUUCGACUUCUGCAGUUGGUAAGAAACUUACCGGCGAAUUCUCAUAAGCGGUUCAUCACGACUAGCAGCCUAUCGAACAGUUACCAAUGGAUCAUCCCCUUUCUCCCA